CGGGAGACUCGGACUUUAGGAAAACAAUCUAGGAUCGAUGUUGGGUCAUUGAGGCUUUAGCAUUGAUUCCUUCGACCAUUUGCUUGUCUAUUAUGCAGCAAUUAUUGCACCACGCAAGUGCACAACCGAGAUAACGCGUCGUAUCUACACCAGAGAUUGGCACUCGUUGCCAACUCUCUCGUUCUUGCACACAUGCGGGGAUGAGGCCGUGUAGCUCUUGAGCAAGACAUUGUUCGUUCUUCCAAGAGCUACCGACUGCCCUUUCUUCCUUUUCCAAUUCUCAAAAUGGCCUCUCGCCGGCCAAGAAGUUCAUGUCGGUGUGCGAGAUCCAGCCUACUUCUCUUCCUGUCGACGAUCCUACCUACUCCCUCCUUUGCGCAACUCACCAGCUCCUUGCCUGCAAGUACCCAAUCUCUUACAACACUCUCGACAUCGACAACUCCUCCUGUAGAGUCCACAACCUCCUCACAUCCCGCUACGCUCACGCAAUCGCGUCCUACGACAGGUCCCCCGGUACCUAGGAGUGCGCCCUCAGGAGAUUCCCAUGUUGCCGAUUACUACUUCCUGAUAGUGGCAGCGGUUGCUGCUGUGGUCUGCUGCGCCAUCUUAUACAUUAGCCGGAGGAAGAGACGAAAAGCUGCACUAGCACGUAGUGACGGUCAACGUGCUCUGGCUCGGGACGUCGAAGGUUGGAGAUCGCGAUUCGGAGUGGGAAGAGUUAGCGGCAGUAGCAACGGAAUACAUGACAUUGGGAGGGAAGAAGGGCUUGAUGAGAGGGGUGAAGCUCCACCACCCUACGCGCCUGUGUCGAAGCCACCGAGUAUUGGGAGUGAGGAAAUACGCAGGCCGAGCUUAAGUCACGCCCCAGAAGGGGUGGUUGAGCUGAGGAGGAUGAGUGGAGAAGCAAACCCCCCGGGUUAUCAUGAGCACCCGAAUCGGAUGUCGGAAGAAGGGUCUGCUGGAAUAACCAGACCGGAUACAGCUGUUACGGCCUCUGAGAGGGUUGGUUCCAUGAGAAGGCUGAUGAGCAACACAGGAAGCUCGUUUUAUGCUUGAUUUUCUAGGCGUAUUGGAUUAGAGCGGAAUUUGCGUUUUGAACAGCGUUUAGCAUUAUAUGGACGGUUUGACACGGGACUAGAGAGUGGUAUGUUUGGGAAACCACCUAGCAAGGAUACGAAGGAUGAUCCGAAGGAAUCAAUUUGUAUAAAACGAAAUAUGAUAUAAUCUCUAUCCAAACCCGAGUCCUCAAUAUUCAACUAUACCUCCUUGUCAAUAAGGUAGGCUUGUUUCCAAGAAUGUCAUCAAUCUCGUUCAUUAUGUCGGGAGUCAACUUUUCCACUGCAACUAGAGCCUUCACGCUGUCAUAAACCUGCUCCGGACGACUGGCCCCGGUGAUUGCUGAGCUAACAUUCUUGUUCUUCAAGACCCAAGCCAUAGCCAGCGUAGCUUGUGAAAUCUCGAGUCUAUCCGCAAUCG